UGGGCCAGUUUGGUGUAAAGCUAUGAACUGCUGGAGGUACACAGGUCAGAGGAGUGGGAGGAGGGAGGAGAAAAAUACACCACCUUGCUCUAGAAUGGGCGGGACACCGCCUUUAGGGGACCAUUAUGACUGUUUAAGAACUGUCACCGGUGCGUUCCGUUUUCACAGAAGAGUUGACGUGUCCCCAUCUGCUUUCUUUGGCCGAGUGCCUUCCCCGUGGCUUGGCGUCCUGCUCCAGGAGUCGCCCACCCCACUGCCAGCAUGCCCACCCAGCUGGAGAUGGCUAUGGAGACGAUGAUCCGUAUCUUCCACCGCUACUCUUGCAAGGAGGGGGACAGGUUCAAGCUCAACAAGGGGGAGCUGAAGAUGCUCUUACAGCGAGAGCUCACAGAAUUCCUCACGUGUCAAAAGGACCCCCAGUUGGUGGAUAAGAUAAUGCAGGACCUGGACGCUAACAAGGACAACGAAGUGGAUUUUAAUGAGUUUGUGGUCAUGGUGGCGGCUCUGACGGUCGCUUGUAACGAUUACUUUGUAGAGCAACUGAAGAAGAAAGGCAAAUAAAAAAAAAUGGCUAGCAAGCUAACAAGAGGCAGAAACAGAGCCAAAUCUGCACCUCCCGUGGGUCUAUAUCCUUACCAUGGAUAGACACAGUGAUAUGACUUAUAUAUGCUAUAUAUGUGUACUUAUUAGCAAUAAGUUAUGUUAACCUUGACAUGCUGACUUCACACAAUUAUUUAUUCCAGGCCUUAGGCCCUCUUGAAGAUUUUCCCAGAUUAUUAAAAAUGUUACUAUGAUUUAUUUGUCAAACAGAGAGCAGCCACACAUUUAGCCACUUUUGAAAGGAGACUUGAGUUUGGUGGAUUUUUAAGAUCUCAUUCUUAAGCUGUGUUUUGCUAUUUCUUCCUUACUGAAGAGAUUGCAAGGCUCUCCCCAUAG